AUUCAUAGUCACAACAAGCUCACCUAUUUUCCAUCUGAUUUCAUCAGGAGUCGUUUUAUUUCCUGAAGCUACUCUUCCUUUACGAGUAGUUCAGUCUAAUUUUGUAGCGGCUAUUGAAAAAGCCUUGCGACAUAGUAAUGGUUAUUAUACUAUUGGUGUGAUUCGAGUUCACAAGGAUCCUCAUAAUUUGAGGAUAAAAUUUGCUACAACUGGGACAACUGCUGAGUAUCUAGUAUCUACUAUGAGUGUAAAGCUAUUGGGGUCAUUUGAUAUGGUUUGCAAAACAUGUAGACACACAAACUGUUCAUCUAUCAACUCGUUCAUCAUGAUUGCCUUAAUCCCAAGAAGUUGGGAUUCGGCAAUAUCGGCGGUUGGAAGAUGGUUCAGUGAAUCUAGUUACCCGUGGCCAGCAGCGUUUUCAUCUGAGACGCCGCUUCAUAGAUGUGGACGGAUCGCCUUGUGGAGAAGUUCAAAUCAUCCAAGAAGACAUUCCAUUAAGGACGCCUCGAGAUACUAUUGGGAGAUUGACACCAUUGAGAAGAUUCCGAGCUUUGUCCAGUGUGCCAUUGCAAACAAAAUCAUUAAAUAUUUCUCAAACAGAGCAUUAUUGGUGUGGAAAUGGGAACAAUGAUGAUGAUAAUGUUGAUGAAGUAGUGGAUAUCCAAUUGGAAAGAAGUCGCCUGCAUGAUUUUGUAGGGUCUUUGCAUACACGACGCGAUGAAGAGCAUAUGCAUCCUAAUCAGGGAGUUGAAAAAAUAUCCAUUUCAGAUAGGCCAUCUUGUAAAGACAAUGGAUGGAUAAAUCAUGCCAUUAGUCAGACGCGUGAUGUUUCCAGGGCUUAUUUGCCCAAUUGGGUGUAUCAGAUGUAUGAUUCAUAUACUCUUGCUCAGAAGGUAGCAG